AUGGAGGCAAAACAUUUGAUUCAAUCCACCAUCAGAGCGCUCAUGUUCCUGGCAGGGGUCCUGGGAAACAACUGGCUGGCUAUACGCUCCCUGCCAGGGCAGAAAUCUGGCAUCCACACCAACGAGGCCCUUUUCAUCAACCUGGCUGUCUCCAACCUCAUCACCAACUACCUGGUGGACCUGCCCGACACUGUGGCAGAUUUCGCCGGACGCUGGUUCCUGGGGGAAGCCUUUUGUGGCGUGUUGCGUUUUUGUUCUGACCUCUCCGAGACCAGCAGCAUCUACACGACCUUCUUCAUCAGUGCUUUCUGGCACCAGAAGCUCGUCGGCUCCCUGAAACGGGGAGGCGCACCCGUGCGGAUGGACAGCAUGUGCUUGGUGGGCUGUCUGCUGGCUGGGAGCUGGACGGUGGCUGUGGUCUUCAGCAUCCCGCACUUUUAUUUUGCCACAGUGGAAGAGACAAAUGAGAGCCAAAAAGACUGUGUGGAUGUCUUCCCUAAUGCAACCGCCAGGCAAACCUAUGAUAUCUUUUAUUUAACCUUGGCUAAUGCUCUCCCUAUUGCUGGGAUUGUAUUUGCCAGUGUCCAGAUUGUCACCACUCUGCUCCAAAGCCAGCGAUGCAUACGGAGCCAUAACUCUUACCCUACCAAGGACGAAAACAAGAGUAGGCCUAUUAAAAUCCAGAAGCAUGACACAUCAUUCGGCACGGUUUCUGCAGGCACCUCAAAAGAUGUCAAAGACUCUGCAUCCCCAACCCUCAUUUACACGGGCGUGCCUGCUUCUCCCUGUCCAAAUGGAGGGCUGUCAGGUCACUGCUCCAACAGGGAAACAAACACAGGCCGCAGAGCUGGAGCUCCACCAAGUCUUUCAAGGCCCAGCCAGAUGCCAGCUAAGCCCAGUCCGAGCUCAAGCUCUCAGGUGAGGGCAGCCAAGAGUGUGGUGGCUGUAGCCAGCGUGUUCCUUGUCUGCUGGCUGACUCAUCUGCUACUGCGCAUUUCCAGCAACAUCCACACCUCGCCAAUAGUGCUGGAGGUGGCCGACUAUGUUGCGGCCUCCUACACCUGCAUCAUCCCCUACUUACUACUGCACGGAGUGAAAAAGCUCUCUUGCUCAUGCAGAAGGUAG